CUGAGAACAGCGGUGGAGCGGGCCGUGUUUCCCUUCACUCGUCACGUUGUGUAAACGAGUGACCGCUUCCUUGUGUCAGCCGCGGUCCAGUCAGGGUGCGAACAUGGCGCAGUGUGUCUUAUACCACAGGUUGUUUCCCAGCAGCGUUAACGUCCUCCGGACAUGUUCCUUCAGAUUCACACACAGCGUCUCACGGAGACCGGGCGGACUCGAACACGCGCUGUCACCGCGGAGAGAGCCCCGCUGCCCGCAGGUGAACAUGAGUCACUGGCACACCUGCAGAACAACACAGCGGCUGAAUGAACACUGCACAAGAACGUUUUCCUCUCUGCCUCCACCACCACCAUCAGGGGCCGAGCCCAAGACGUCCGGACCAGUGACAUGGAAAUCUUUAGCAAUAACAUUUGCUAUCGGAGGCGCUCUGCUCGGAGGGAUGAAAUAUUUCAAAAAGGAAAAGGAAGAGCUGAUUGAAAAAGAGAGGAACAAGUCUAUAGGAAGACCGGCGCUCGGCGGUCCGUUCUCGCUCACUGACCACAACAACAAGCCCGUCAAGAGCGAGGACUUCCUGGGCCAGUGGGUCCUCAUCUACUUUGGGUUUACUCACUGCCCGGACAUCUGCCCGGAUGAAUUGGAGAAAAUGGUGGAGGUUGUGGAUGAAAUAGAUAAAAUAAAGUCUCUUCCAAACCUGACACCUCUAGUCAUCACCAUCGAUCCAGAGAGAGACACACCAGAGGCCAUGGCUGCGUACGUGAAAGAGUUUUCUCCGAAGCUGAUUGGCCUGACGGGGACAACAGCUGAGAUUGAGCAGGUUUCCAGAGCUUACAGAGUGUAUUACAGUCAGGGACCAAAGGACGAAGACAACGACUACAUAGUUGAUCACACCAUCAUCAUGUACCUCGUGGGGCCAGACGGCGAGUUUGAGGAGUAUUUUGGACAGAACAAGAGAAGUGCUGAGAUCACCAGCUCGAUAGCGGCGCAUAUGAGAAAGCACAAGAAGGAGAAGUGAGCGGCAGCCUGUAAAGCCCAUCACAGACUGACACAUUGUCCUCAGGUGCUUCUGUGUAAUCUGGUCGACUUAAAUCAUCAUUAUUUAUUUUGGAUACGCUAUUAUACGAAGUUAAUGUGUCUGCAGAAACAUUCCUUGCAAUGGGUGAAGACAGAUCUGAGGUCUGCUGCUGUGCUAUUCUUCUCCAUUAUUGUCAAUAAUACACUUCACACUCCUGCUCAUUCAAAAGACUGCACUUCCUGCGUGAGAGAAAUGAAUUCUUGCGCUCCUCGAUAUCUCUGAUUUCUGAUGCAGAUGAACCUGAAGACAAAUGUGAAACAGUAAACAGUUGUUUUUGUGACAAUUCAGAAUACAACACAUUUUUUUGGGAAUCGUUUUAUUUGUUCUUCACAGGAAUUAAGUGUUUAAAUGUGAACUAAAAACUUUAAUUUGUUCUCACUUCAGUCUAGAUGAUCAAGAGUAAAUUACAUCCUGCAUCAGUUUUGAAAACCUGUUCAUACCUGGCAUCAACAUAUGGAUCAACUGGUUUGAUCAUAAGCUCAAAGUACAGGGUUUUUUAGUUUAUUGUUGAUCUAUGGAUAUGUUUAUGUGUUGAUUCAGAAAGGACAAGAAUAAGGACAGAAAUAUAUAAUAGACUGAGGAUAUUUAACUAUAGUGUCCAGCAGAGAGCACUGAUAAGUUCAUUUUUACACUACUCAUGGGGCACGUUCACACUUUCCUUGUUUGACCCGGACCUUUAGACUUUUCAGUUUAGUCCAAACCCAAAAACCAGGUGUGAAAGGUGCCU